ACGGUUUCAGGUGAGGCCAAGUUGAUCUCCUGUUGAAUGGGAUCAGGCUAUCACCUGGAUUUGUGUCUUGGACCACCAAACAGAGCGGAGGGAUAAAGCGUCUUUCCGAGUCCCGUUCACCUGUUUCUUGUUAUUUUUAGCUUUCCUGUCGUACCGUUUAAUCUUUUAACCGCCGCGGAUCACCGAGAACACCUGUGGGUUCCUCUCAGCGCCUCGCCGGCAGUCGUAGAACUUUUAAAUGGCUCCACGUGAAGGAUGAGAUGUUUGCAACGGAGGCGUGCCCCCCCAGGAACAGCUUGCUUCCAAAUCCCGGGUCAGAGGGCCGACGUUCCGAAACACGUACGACUGUGGAACUCCACAGGAAGAGUUCUCAGAAGCUCUUUGUGAUUAUUUUUGUGUCUCCAUCAGAAAAACGAUCAGGUCCUCGUGAACACAAACUUCUGACCAGCCAAUCAGACGGCAGCAUUUAUUCAUUCAGAACGGAGAAGAAAAUGAGAUUCAGAUGUUCCGAUCUGCUGGGAUUUGAACCCAAAACCACCUCUAGGGUCGGAGGUCAGACUGGUUCCUAUGAAGAUCUGCAGGACCACACCAGCUGCUCCAGAUGGACUCCAGCAGCAGAACGGGACAUUCAGGCAACAAUUCCCACGGCUUCACCAGAGCUGGAAAACGUUUUCCUGGUCUGAUGGGUCUGGAUCCCAGCUGCAUCCUAACCCAUCUUCUGAUGCUUCUUCCAGCAGGACCACGCCACAAAGCCAGAUCAAACUUCCAGACAAUAAAAGCAUCAAGAGCAGAUCAUCUUUCUGACCUCUGAAAACAGGCCUCAGCUCGGAGCUGCUGAAGCUCUGGUGUUCCUCAAAGGAAUUCUUAUUAAACUGGAACCUUUCACAGACGAUGGAGUUCUGUGAUUUCCUGAUCACAACGGCUCUCGGCCAUCAGCUCAGACAUCAGCUGACCCACGUUUGAGAAAAAACACCAUGUGUCUGGUCGGCUGGGUUGUGGAGGCUCCCGGGAAUCUCUGACCUGCCUCUCCUGCUCCUCCUGGAGGGUCCCAGAGCAUUCCCAUACCAGAGAGGAUAUGUAGUCCCCUCGGUGGGCCUCCAGAGCUGAGGAAUUCUGGGUUCAUCCUUCUGAGAGGAGGCAUCAGAUGCCUGAACCACCUUGGCUGACUCCUGUGGAUGAGGAGUAGCAGCGGCUCUCCUCCGGCCCCUCCUACUCAGCUCCAUCCCACCUCAUCCUGGAUUGGUAGAUGAUUUAACCUGAGUUAAUCCAGCUGGAGAAGUUAAAUCAUCCACAAAGGGAACCGGAAACCAGUCAGGAUGUCUUUUUGUCUAACAGUAACCAGGCUGCAGCUUGCAGCCGCUCCGGGAUUUGGGAACUUGUUUUAGGAAAUGUUUGCGGGACGGCUGACUUAUGCAGGGGAUUCUUUAACCACGCUUAGGAAACAUGAAGGUGAAUGAUUACUGAGCCGUGGAGAAGCUUCCAAACAGCUUCUGCUCCAUCACACUCCAGUGGUGUCACAACGAACCGGCAGCAGCGUGACUGAGUAACAGCCGCCUCCUCCGACACCUCCACCUGAAACACACCACCCGGCUCGUCAAGGUGUGUGUCCACGCCGGGUUUUAUUGUUCUGACCUCCGGCUGUGGGAGGAACCGGGAUGGGAAGUCACAGACGCAGAUAAAGCCUGGUGAGGGGCCGGAGACCCGUCCUGGGAUCAGAAGGACUUCUGUUUUUACCACGAUGGGUCGCGGUGGUUCCGUCAGGUUUUGGAUCUUCGGCUCGAUGCUCCUGAUUGGUGUUUGGGGUCAAGAGCCAAAGUCAGAGCGCCACGAUGAACACGGUGGCGGAUCCAACGUCAGCGGGAUCUCCAUCGUCUCACUCGAGUGGGAAUAUGUGGAGCCUCCUUACCUCGUGGCUCUGUGGAUACUGGUGUGUUUCCUGUGCAAACUGGUCAUCGAAGCAAACCACCAUGUGACCGAGUUCAUCCCCGAGAGCGCUCUGCUCAUCUGCUCCGGCUUCAUCCUGGGGGGGAUGAUCUGGGGGGCAGACAAGGUCCAGACCUUCAGGUUGACCCCGUACGACUUCUUCCACUACUUCCUGCCUCCGAUCAUCUUGGAUACGGGAUACAGCAUGCCAAACAAGCUGUUCUUCACCAACCUGGGAGGCAUCCUGAUCCACGCCAUCAUCGGGACCUGCUGGAAUGCUGCCAGCCUGGGGCUGUCGCUGUGGGGGUGUCAGAUAGGCGGAGCCAUGGGUGACCUGAACGUCGGCCUGCUGCAGUACCUCCUGUUCGGUAGUCUGAUCGCUGCUGUCGACCCCGUGGCCGUCCUCGCCGUGUUUGAGCAGGUCCACGUCAACGAGGUCCUCUUCAUCAUGGUGUUCGGAGAGUCGCUGCUGAACGACGGCGUCACUGUGGUGCUCUUCAAUGUCUUCAAUGCAUUUGUGACUCUUGGAGGACCCCGAAUCAAUGCCGCUGAGAUCAUUAAAGGAAUAAGUGAGACUUUUUUGGGUUCUAACUCUUUCCUGACCAGAAGUGUUUAUUUGGGCCUGAUCUGUUGUCUUUUUCCAGUUUCCUUCUUCGUGGUGGCGUUUGGCGGUAGCCUGGUGGGGUUUGUGUUUGGCCUGCUGUUCGCCCUUUUGUCCAGAUGCACUAAAAACAUCCAGAUCAUCGAGCCCGGCUUCCUCUUCAUCCUGGGAUACCUGGCCUACCUGACGGCUGAGAUGCUCUCCUUGUCCGCCAUCCUCUCGAUCGUUUUCUUCGGUGUGUGCUGUCAGAAGUACAUCAACGCCAACAUGGAUGAGAACUCCGUCCGCACCAUGAAAUGCGCCGUGAAGGUUUUUGCCAACGGAGCUGAAACCAUGAUCUUCGUUUUCCUCGGCAUCUCCGCCAUCGAUAAGUCCAUCUGGGUGUGGAACACGGGCUUCGUCCUCCUCACGCUGCUCUUCAUCUUAAUCUACAGAUUCAUGGGUGAGGCUCUUGGCCCUCCAGCGUCGGGUUUCAGAGUCAGUCUGAUGUUUGAAAUCACCCCGCUGCUGUUUCUGCUUCCAGGUGUGUUUUUCCUCACCUGGUUCAUGAACUUGACCAGGCUGGUCCCAAUAGACUACACCGAUCAGGUGAUUAUGAGCUACGGUGGCCUGCGCGGGGCAGUUGCCUAUGGCCUGGCAGUCAUGCUGGACGAGGCCAAGAUAGAGGAGAAGAAGCUGAUGGUGUCCACCACCCUCAUCGUGGUUUAUUUCACCGUAAUCCUUCAGGGAGUGACCAUGAAACCUCUGGUGAAGUGGCUGAAGGUGAAGAGAGCUGCCUCCGCUGAGAAGACCCUGAUAGAAAAAGUGCAGAACCGGGCCUUUGAGCACAUUCUGGUGGCCAUCGAGGACAUUUCAGGACAAAAGGGAAACAACUACUUAAGAAACAAGUGGUUUAAGUUCGAGGAGAACUGGAUGUCGAGGAUCCUGCUGAGGCCGUCGGUCAGAGAGAGGCAGGACAAAGUCUUCAACGUCUUCCACCAGCUCAACCUGAAGGACGCCAUGAGCUACGUGGUCGAGGGUGAGCGGCGAGGUUCUCUGGAGUUCAUCCGGAACGAGAGCGCGUUUGUUGACUUCAAGAAGAAGUUCGGAGAGGACAUGACGAUGUCCAUGCCCGACAUCAUGGCCGACAUGUCUGACGAUCGCAGUGCUGCUUCAUCCACGAGGAAAGAAUCGGUUCCAUCGGUGAGUCUAGAAGUCCAUGAGCAGGCCAUGAGGGGAACCAGAGCAGCCGAGGGCCUGGACUCCCACCACCUCCUGCAGCAGCAUCUCUACAAGGGCAGGAAGCAGCACCGACACAGGUACAGCCGCAGCCACUUUGACAUCAACAAAGACGAAAAUGAAAUCCAGGAGAUCUUCCAGAGGACCAUGAAGAGCCGUUUGGAGUCCUUCAAGUCUGGCAAGAUGGGCGUGGCUCCCCCUAAGACCAUAACAAAGCACACAAGGAAGGAGCAGCAGCAGAAGGUCAGAACCGCCCAAACGCUGACCCAGCAGUCAGUUCAUCCACUGGAAAAGGAUAAAAUCCCACGUUGUCUGUUCUUCCCAAACCCCACGCUCCACGGAAAAACACUUUUUCAGGAUUUCAGAUGCUUUACUAGAUUUUUCCGACAGGUCUAUAAUAUUCAAGCAGUGAAGAAAAAUCUAACCUUUCAUUUCUUCUGGUUUCAGUUGCAGAACAAGAAAAGUAAAAGCCGCCUGUCUGGUGACGAAGAUUUUGAGUUCUCUGAAGGCGACAGCGCUUCUGGUUACGACACUUCGUUCCCAGUCAGAGGCGGCUACAGGCCUGGAGCUGGCAUCGAGAACCCGGCCUUCAUGCCAGACGUGGACCUGCCGCUGCAGAUCCCUCCCUGGCUGGAGGAUGUGGACUCGGUGGCUCCUUCCCAGCGAGCUCAGGUCCGGUUGCCAUGGACACCCAGCAACCUGCGGCGCCUGUCUCCUCUCCGGAUCAGCACCCGUUCCAGUGACUCCUUCAAUCUGGCCGAAGCGCCGGGCGAUCACCAGGACGACCAGCUGCCUCCUCCCCCGACUCCUCCUCCUCACAGAGACGGAGACGUCGUGUAGCGUCCCGCCGCGCCUCCGGACUUCAGAACCGGACUGCCAAAGACAGAACCGGACCUCGGAUUUCUCACAUCCGUCUCGGUUGUCCUCAGAGCGAAGAAAGCCUCUGGGUCCAGCUGUCGGAGGUUCUGAUGCCAAACCUUUAAAAUGUUUUAUUUCUGGACGUAAAAAAGGAAAUUUAUAGAAAGAAAAUCUAAAAUCAAAUCUUCCGUCUGGAUUUCUUGUUUUGCUGUGAAGGAUGAAGCCGUGAAAAGGCUCUUGUGUGUGUUUAGAUGUAGUUGGGUGUGAGACCAGCAGAGGGCGGUGUGACACCAACUUCCUGUUUCCUGUUAAAACUGCAUUUAGAACCAACGAAGAAGAAGGUUUUGGCUUCUGUGGAGUCGGUUUCUAAACCAAACAUUCCUAACCGGAUGAAACCGGCUGCAGAAUAAAGGUUUUAGCGCCGCAGGGCUCAGAUUAACGCUGAACGCAGGAUUCAGCUUUUGUUUCACCCGUUUGUUGAUCUGCAGGAAAUAAACUCAAAGUUGUUCUUUAAAACCACGUUUAGUACCAACAACUCUACAUUUGAUCCUUUAUGAUGAAUUAAAUUAUUUACAAACAA